GCGAGUGAAUCGAUCCGCUCGCUUACCGCCGACCUGUCCUCCUUCCUUCCUCCUCCUCCAAGUCCCUUCGUGGUUUCCUCGCCUCUGGAGAGACAGGACUGAAUUUAUUAAACAAGGAAUGGGAGAGCGGUGGGCGAAGGAUAACAACCAAGGCGGUUACCAGAAUCCAUCCUUCUCCUCCACCCUCCUCGACGCAAUCUACCGCUCCAUCGACGAGUCCGACGGCAACGCUGCUGCCUUCGGGGGUGGAUCCGCACGCGAUCGCUGCUGCGCUCCCGUAGGCAUCAUCCCAAAUCGCCUUCCUACGACUCUUCGGCCUCCCGCGGAGGCAGCGAACAAAAGGGGUUCAAGCCGCUGCCGAACUCUGCCGCCUAUCUCCACAUCUAGCUCCUCCGAUAUCUCCAGCUACGGAGGCUUCUCCUCCUCUUCGGAUCCCGACUCGGCGGCGACCCGUCUCCGGCCGAUCCGCACCGGCGUGGCCCCGCUCCGCUCCGCAGCUCGUCCGCCGCCGCUGGCAGAGGAAGACGAGAAGAAGAAAAAGAAGUCCGGUUCGGUCCGCGGCAAGCUCCGCGACCUGAGAGGUUCCAGAUCGGCGACGCCGGCGUCUCCAGGUGCCCGUCUAGCCGGCUUCCUCGGGUCUCUGUUAUCCGCAGUAUCAGGGGCGCCGCGAAAGCAGUCGCCGUCUUCCUCCGUCGCCGGCGCAGGUGGAUGCGAUGACUCCGCCUGCUCCAUGGCGUCGUCCCACUCGCGGUCGUGCCUGACCAAGAAGCCCUCCACUAGGGAGAGAGCGGCGGAGGGGGGCAAGCGGACGGUGAGGUUCUACCCGGUGAGCGUGAUCGUCGACGAAGACCCUCGGCCGUGCGGCAAGAGGAGCGUCUGCGAGCCGAAUCCGUCGUCGCGGCGGCUAUCGGCGGCGGCAUUGGAAGCGCGGAGGAGGGUGGAGGAGCUACUGAGGGGGAUGGAGGAGGAAGAGGAGGAGAUGAGCGAUUCGAGCUCCGAUCUGUUCGAGUUGGAGAAUUUUACGGCGACGGAAAGAGGAGGCGGCGGCAGCGGCGGGGGGCGGACGGACGAGCUUCCGGUGUAUGAAACCACCCGCCUCGACUCAAAUCGCUCCUUUUCUCAAUCUCAACGCUUUCUCAAAACAUAACCAACCCCCAGAUUAUCUGUGGCAUUAUCUACCUUAAUCCUCUUACUUACUCUUGGGUGCUAAAUAGUGUUUAAGUGGGUUUAGUAAUAAACAACUAUAGUAGUAUUACGAAUGGCUUUGUUAAUUUAGGGGUGCACUGUUGUAAUAAUACGAGAAAGCACAAUUAUCAAUCACUAAUGUAACUGCCACUCAAUUGUGUUUCCAUUGAGAUCGAAGCUAGCUAAUUGUUGAGCCACACAAAAUGAUUGGCAAGUCGAAAUGU